UCGAUUAGUGUAAACGAGCUGUGUAAUAAAUCGUCUUGUCUACAGCUAUUUACCUACAUAGAUAUCAAGUACUGAUUCGGAGCUGCUGCUGCUGCUGUGAAUCAGUUGGCUCGGCUUGUGUUGUCUGCCGUUUAGUGUUUACCACCGUUUACCGAUUAUUGUUUACUGUUUACUGUUUAGUCGAUGUUGUUUGGCCAACAGCUACCAGCGGCUUUAGUUUGGUGUACAAAGUAAAAAGAAUAAAAAAUCGUUAAAUUUUCUUUGCAUAGUGUAUUUGAGAUACGAAUUAACGCGGAUAAUAAGCAAAACGAAAUUAUUUUUCGGGCAAGAUCCAAAUGCAUCGCCCACGUCUAUGAUGAUUUCGUCGGUCGAAAUCUACACUAGAAAACAAGAAUCGGCCAUUAUGUAAUCAAAAUCACAUUCAAUAUACAUUAUAAUUUGAUUAAACGGGUGCGACCGUAAAUUAGUAAUAUUGUGCACGAGGACAAACACAAAAAUCAUCAUGAAAGUUGGUUUUCUCAACUUUGGUAAUGAUUGCACUUAUUAAUGAUGCCAAGUGAACAAAUGAACCUAGUUGUGUUUAACCAUGGGUUGAUUUCAGAAUGAAAAAGAUGACAUAUGAACGGGUUCUACUACAUGUAACUGCUUGUCAUUCCAUUAGUUCAAUAAACUUAAAUGGAAAUCAGCAUGUAGUAUGGACGUGAAUUUGGACGAACCUCCAUUUCUCGCAGUCGGUACUGAGGUCAGUGCAAAGUAUAAAGGAGCAUUUUGUGAAGCAAAGAUCAGGAAAAUCUCAAAAUCAGUCAAAUGCAAGAUUCAAUAUUCAAAUGGACAGGUUUCAUUUGUGGCUGACGAUGCAGUAAAAGGACAACUUAAGAUUGGUGCAAAUGUCGAAGUAAAAUGUAAUGAGAAGAAAGAAUUAUUAGAAGGAAUAAUUCAAAAAAUACAGGACCAUAGUCAAUACACUGUUGUGUUCGACGAUGGCGAUAUUACAUGUUUAAAAAGAUCCGCGUUGUGUUUAAAAAGUGGGAAACAUUUUGCUGCUAGUGCAACUCUCGAUCAACUUCCCCUUACUCAUCCCGAACAUAUUACUAGUCCAACACGAAACACUAUUGUUUAUGGACGUAGGAGUCGAAAGCAUAAGAAAUCUGUUGGGGAAAGUGGAGAAGAAGAAAUUUUAGAAAUGGAAGAAAAAGACAUUGGUAAAGUGGUGUGCAUAGAGUCCAAUGACAAGAAAAAAGUCAGAGACAAUUGGUUUCCUGGGUUAGUAGUAGCGCCUACUGCUCAAUCUGCAGUCAAAACAAACGUUUUGGAAGACUACUUGGUUCGUUCUUUCAAAGAUGGAAAAUACUAUACAGUUCCAAAAAAAGAAAUUACAGAAUUUACAAAAGAAAUAGCCGCCAAAGUAGAAAAUCCUACUUUAAAAACUGCUGUUGAAAAAGCGAUUUUAUAUCUGGACAAAGAUGAACUUCCGCCACAUUGGGACCGUGACUUACUGUUUGGGCUCGAAAAAAACUGUGUCACGACAGACAGUGAAGGCGCCUAUGAUAGUGAUAACUCUGAUGAAGAAUCUAUUGAAGAGAAAGACCAUUUUGUGGCACAAUUAUUCAAAUUUAUGGAUGACCGAGGGACACCUUUAAACCAAGCACCUAUGAUUAACGACAAAGAUGUUGAUAUGUACAAACUGUUUAAGGUUGUCAACAACUUGGGCGGCUUUAACAAAGUCGGUAAAUGUAAACAAUGGAAAACUGUGGCACAAAAGGUUGGCCACGAACAGUCUGUUUUUUCUGUCAAACAAUAUUACCAACAGUAUCUGCAUAGUUUUGAAGAUUUCUAUCGAAAACUCGGCUGUACAAUGCUAAGUCAUCCCAGAGGAGUGAGAUCUCGAAGCAGAUUUAGUCGCAGUAUCAUUCGGGAUGUGGAUAAAGCGUUACCCGGCACAUCGACCUCAAGCAGCUCCGAUAAAAACAGGCAAACGACUGCUGCCAUUAAAUUAGAACCUAAGGAAAAAAAAGAAAAAGUAGAAACUUUAAUAAAGGAAGCCGACAUCGCCAAAGAAUCGGCAACACCAAAAAAACCUUCCAAAGCUUUAAAAGUCGAAGACAAGGUUGCAUCAACUCUGAAGAGUAGUGAUGAACAUGUUACUAAGAAAGUAGAUAAGAAAAGAGACAGACCUGAAACAAUCGGGAAGGAAACGGAACCGAUUGUCAAAGAACCGUCGGUACCAAAAAAACCCUUGAAACCUGUAAGGGUAGAAGAAAAGGUAGCGGCAACAUUAAAGAACAACGAUGAAAUUCCACCCAAAAUUGACAGGAAGAAAGAAAAGUCAGAAAUCGUUUUGAAAGAAAUGGAAAUGGCUACAGAGUCCGUGACUAAAAAGCCAAGUAAAACGAAAAUAGAAGAAACAAUUACUUGUCCUGGUAAUAGUGCUCGAAACAAAUCUACUGUUAAAAGUGAAUCAGUACUGACUGAAUCAAAAGAUGCUCCUAAGGACAGCAAGGUUAAAAAGGAAUUUAAAGAAGCUACCGUUAAAAAAGAAGAAGAAAAAACUAUUGAGGAAUCUAACGUUAUUAAAAACGAAACAAAGCCUGCAGACAAGGCGGACGAAAAGAAGAAAUACUCACGAAAUCUUUUUGGAAAAUCGAUGCGACGAAGAAUUAAAAAAGAAAAAGUAGAAAAAACUAAACCAAUAGAAACUGGACUGUCGGGCAUAAGAAAAAUGAGAUCUAUCAAAGAGCAAAUAAAAACGUUUGUUAAAGUAAUAACGCCAUCGUUUAAAAAACCCAAAAGAGGAGCUUCUGCUAACCAAAUUGAAGUUCCAGCCAAACCAAAAAUCGAAGAGGAACUACCAAAGUUGACUCGUUCCAAGUCUAAAGAUGAGCUACCGACAAGAGCAAGAAAAGUAUCUGUGAGCCCCAUGAGUUCUUACGUGCCAUGUGGAUCGACAGUAGAGGUAGCAAAUAAAAUCAAAAAGGUCGACGAAGGAUCUGAAAAGAAAAAAUCCAUCAGGAAGAAAAAAGAAGAUAAAGACGAUAAGCCUGUAUUGAACGAUUCUCUAAUGAACAGCGACGUUGAAUAUUGUGACAAAGAUACAAUUGUGUCAGUUGGAGAUAAUUUGGUUGUUUACUACGGUGAUAAACAUGCUACUACUUACGAUGCUAAAGUUCUUAAUGUAUGCGACAUUGAGGGUGUCAAGAAAUACUAUGUCCAUUACAAAGGAUGGAAUUCUCGUUACGACGAAUGGAUUGAUUUAACACGCAUCGCAUUGAAAUCUAAAGCACCAGAACCAGAACCGGAUGUCGAUAACGACGGUGACGAUUCGUCCAAAAGUGAACAAAAGAACAUGGACAUGAAAAAAAUGCCUCCCGUGAGCAUGACCAGCAGGACAAGGAGAUCGUUGACUCCGUGUAUGUCCUACGCGGGCGGCCGCAAAAAGUCACCGUUUGGCAGUUCUCGGCCGACCAGAACCUGCACGAUGGUCGACCAACCGCUGUCGUCAAUCGGCAAGUACACUAUUAGAGAUAAUUCAGAUUCGGAAAGCGAGUAUUCGGGCAAUUUGGGAUUGGCCAAACAGUACAACAAAAGAAACCAUCAGUCGUUGAAGAUAUCCAAGGCUGAGAGAGACGACGGGUCGCCGACCAAGACGGGCGAUUCGCCGGAAUCGGACGGGCAAAAGAAAUCGCUUUACCCGAAAACGUAUCCCAGCAAAGAAGCGCUGUUGCAACGUUCCGGUCCCAAGAAACCGAAAAUCUGCGGCUUCCGGUCACACGGCGCCGAUAACAAACCGUCGGACGGAUCGAAAAUCAGUGGCGGCGAGAAGGCGACGCCCAAGAAACAACAACCGCUGCCCACCCUGCCGCCGGCCGCCGAGUGCGGUACGCCGUCAUCGAAGACGCUGACCAAGAACAAAGACGACGAAGACGUGGACGGCAUUGGCGGCGACGUCGACGAAGACGACGACGAGGACGAUGACAACUGCAUUAUGAAAAACGAAGCCAAAUCCGCCGUCAUCCACUAUCCGUCGCCAAGGGAAAAAUCCGAACGGAACGCUGAUCGUCGCCAACCGUCGACGACGCCCGAACUGCCUAGCGCGGCGGCUCUUGUCCGUCUAACCGCCGCCGAACGAAAACCAAUCGAGUCGUCUCACGUCAAGAAGUUGCCGAAACUGACCAAGUCGUCGUCCAGUAGCGUGGCGUAUUAUCAUUCGUCGUCGUCGUCGUCGUCGCUGUCGUUAUCGUCGACGUCUUCGUCGUCCGAAGACGAACAGAUCCAGCUCAAGACGAGAAUGGCCGAUGACAAAAAACCGCCGCCGUUGCUGAAGAAGCGGGGCGAAGAACCCAAACCGUCGGUGACCGGCACUGAUUUCGAUCUAAACGAGAUACGGUCCGAGAUGAAAGGGCUCACCACCGGUCAUGUACCUCCGCAGCCGCCAACUUUGUCGUCGAACGACGGCAACGUGGCGGUCGUCGCGGACGGAUCAUCGCCCGACGUCGAACCGCCGCGACUCAAGGCCGAGGUGCGAAGCCGGCGUGGCUCGACCGAAACGACGGAAGACAUUUACGAGUUCAAGGAACCGGAACCGUGCGAUUUACAGGCGCUGCCGUCGGCCAUCGACGAAAAGCGCGACCGUAGGCUAGUCAAGCAUUCCGAGCCGCCAAAGUUGUACUCGUUCGACAAACCGGUCGAACCGUCGACCCCGAUGGCCGCGGCGGCAGACGAUCCCGGCGCGCUGGACGUUUUCCGUUCCGUCAUACACUCGGGAUUGCCCACGGACAGCGUCGACCCCAAAGACGGACAUGACAAAACGGAACCACCCAGCGACCACCGGAAAACCGUAACGUCUCUACCGGUUGUCGACUGGCCGGCGGCAGUGACGGUCGUUACCGUUCCUGCGCCUAUGUUCGCCAGCAGACCCGUCGUCCGUCCGGACGAAGUGUUGGAUCUGUGCACGAAACCGAUCCUCUCCGUGCCGGCCAGCGAAGCCGCGUUCGUCGCCGGCAUUAGCAUCGUCGACUCCGACGAGGACACGGUUGACGACGAAGAGGACGAAGACGAAGAAGACGACGACGAUGCGAAAUUGGUGAUCGCCGAAAACGACAAAACCGAAAACGAUUACCCGAUGGAAAUGGUCGACGACGACGAGGACGUCGACAGAGAACAUGCAAUGUGGCCAAGCGAAGGACACCCGGCGGAAGACGGCUGUGCGCGGGACGCGAGCCCGCCACCGGUGGGCGACGCCGACGAGGAUUCUAAGGGUUCGGACACGGUCGAAAGGCACCAUAGCCGGACGCCCAAACAAGACGUGGACGACGAAAGCACCGUUUCUUGCAACGAGAACGACGACCAACAGAAUGUCGCCGACACCGUCCACCAGAGUGCUUUUCAAGUGUACGCCAGCGCCGCAGACCACCAGUCCGGCAAAACACCGGUGUACCAGCCGUUCAUGGACAACAACGACAGCACUCGUUCAGGAUACGACUUCGAGUUGAGUCCGACUUCGUCGACCACAGAGAGCGCCAAAGAGACCAUGUUCAAGUUGUCGUCGGGUGACGUGGUCGAUUUCAAAGAUCCGGCCAUAUCGGCAGCGGCCGCCGACCAACAGCGGAACCUGACCGGCAACGACCCGGAAACCCGAAAGGGCGUGUCGGAACUACAGUGCAGGGAAGAGAUUGUCGACGAAGAAACCUUGAACAAUGCUAUCGUUAGCAACUACGGUCGUAACGUUGAUUACGACAUACACAAGCCUAGCACAAGCAAAGGGUUUUUCAACGCCAUACACCAUCAACCUCAACAACAACCCGUUCUCGAACAUCAUUUCUAUAAAUCCAAAUCGCCUUCCAAAAUCAAGGCGGAUGGCAGUAGCGGUUUGUACGAACCAGGUUCGUCUAAGGGUAACGUUCCGUUCGACAGCGGCGCCGACAAGAAGGUCGUCUACGAAGACAAGUCGGUCACCAGCAAAGACUGUGGCAGCAGUAGUAGUUUAUACGACAACUGUGUACCGAGUACGAGCAAAUGUAAUUUCUACGAUACCAGCAUGCCGAGCACCAGCAAGGGUUUCUACAACCCGGAAGCCGACGUCAACAACGUAUUGUUUUGCGAAGAAACCAUACCAGGCAGCCCGACAGGCGCAGCCGAUGACCAAUAUGAUCAAGAAGACAGAAAGAAAUCGAUAAAUCAGUAUUACGAAGAAAGAGAAGCGGCAUCGGCCAUGUUUGCCAUGAACUUGGCGUUCCGCAAUUCGGCAAUCGCUUCCAAUGACAGCGAACCGCACGACUACGAUAUGCUUCAUGGGGACGGAAAUAUAGAUCAGAGACAUUUACGAUUCUUAGCAGAGGUUUCUAGUCGAGACGAAAGUUCGUUCUUUACCAAACCCGUAAUACCCGAACCACAACCAACAUCCGCCCCUGUCGAACAAGUCACGAAAGUAGAGAAACCUCAAGCCAAGCGCAAAAUCAGUAGCCACGAACACACAACAGGAAAACGCAACAAAGCACAAAUUGCUGCUGCACCGGAGCCCGAAAGCGAACGUUAUGACCAUAGCAAAAUACCGAUUCCCACUAAAGACGGUAAACCGCUGGUUACGUUCACACCAGAGAUGGAUUCGGCUCAACGUCAAGUGGUGAUUUUGGCCAAAAUCAACGAACUUCGAAAAGAUUACAACAUGGUCAAAGCGCGCAUUGUGGUGGUGGAUCGCAGGAGAAAGAAGAUCAGGAAACGCAAGAGGGAACUGGCGAAGAGCAACGCCGCAGUGAAUCCGAACAAACAGUCGCCAGCCGUUGCAACCAAAUAAGUCUCUCUACCAAUAACAACACAUUUUUGUAUAUAAUUUUUUUAAAUAAUUGCCCCCCUAGUGUACAUAAUUGUAAUAGUGGCGCCGUAAUGACAAUUGAUUUGUUGUUAAUACUAAUAUUAUUUCAUUAUUUAUCUAUUUUAAAUAAUUUAAUUAUUUUUUAUGUUCCUCUUUAGUGUCGGUUCAAGCGUUUUUUUUUUUUUUUUUGUAUAAGCGCUUGAUCUUACUAGACACGCCAUUGUUGUAUUAUAUUAAAUAAUAAUGAAAACUGAGACGAUCAAAUGUCUUUUAUCAAAUUUUUUAAUUGCACGUUAUAUUUUAUCAAAAUUUACUAGAUAUUUUAAUAUUUAGAUAAUAUUCGUAUAAUAAUUAAUAAAACCGUGUACACCCUAUAUAGAUUAUCAAUAAUAUUAUUUAAGUCGUAAAUUGUAUAUUGUAGUAUUACAUUAUUUAUUAUACUAGCAAAACAUAAUAUUGUUGUGAAAACAUUGUUUUCCGACUUUUAAAUUUUACCAAGAAUUAGAGAUAUGUAGUGUUAUUAUAGUUUGUAAAUAUAGACAUUUUUUUUUUUACUUUUGAAAAGAUUUUCGGCGUCACUAAUUUAUAUUAAAUUUUUAUGUACUGUAUCAUGGGAACAUUUAACGUAUUUAAGAUAACA